AUGUACAACUUUAUUAAAAGUCAUUUAAUCGAACAGCAAGCAUUAGAGAUGGCAUUGGCUAACGAAUUAGAGCAGAUAAGUCAAAUGGAAGUUAAACUCGAACAUGAGACAAUGCUUUUGGAAGAAGACUCGGAAAUAUUAGCCAAACUUAAAAGCGAUAAAAAAGCAGUUGAAACUAGAAAUAAAAUGCUUCAUAGGACAAAACUUCAUCCGCUUUUAAAGAAUGAAUUUAAAGACCUUGUCGAUGUGGAUGAUGAAUUAAUUAAAAAUCAUCUUAAACCACUAAAAGAUCGAUCAUUGUGCCUUUGGGACCCCGAACAAGAUCAUGAACUUUGUGAAGUCAAAAAGUCAAUUUCUUCUCAUUUACGAUCGAUUGAAAAAAAUACGAAGAUAAAAAUGUCACUUCAAAAUCUUAAGAUAAAGACCGGAGUAGUCAGACGAUACUUUAAAGAAGAAAAGUCUUAUCAUAAUGAAGUCAAAGACCAAGAGAAACGGAUUGAAAAACUGACGGCAGAAGGAGCAGACCCAUCAGUUAUUAAUAAACAGAAAGAGGUAUUAGAGGAAUCGCAAAGAAUAAUCCCGGAUGUUCAAAGCCGUCUUAAAGGGGCUUAUGAAGAAUUAAGAAAUUUAGUCAAUCAAAAAAACCCAUCAUGGACUGGUACAACUGAAUUGAAAGAUGCGGAAGAGAUUUUAGAACAAGUUGGACCUGAAAUUGGUCUUCAAAAUAAAUAA